GAAAAAGUUGCUUAGACCCUAGAGUGGGGAUCCCACGGGCAUGUUUCCACCCCUCUCACAGUGUCCCCUAAUCCCAGUGUCUUUGACUUUGCUGGAGGCAGAGGAAGCUGUCCAGCCAGCAAGGGCCAGGUAGAGAAACUGCCUCCUCCCUUUGCAUUUCUGCUUCCUGAGUGUUCCCUUCCUAACUGAAGACCAGUGAGAUGGCUAGACCAGAGUGCACUACCUCUGUGGGUCCUGCUUGGGUCAGGAAGUGAGAUACAAACAGCCAGGCCCUAGACACCUGGCAACAAGCCAGGCUGGUGUCUGAACAUUUCUCGCAGGCCCCACAGAAGCUGUCCUUCUACAGCUGGUAUGGCAGCGCCAGACUAUUCCACUUCCGUGUGCCCCCAGACACCAUACUGCUGCGCUGGCUGCUGCAUGUGUCCUGGGACAGUGGCCCCACAUGCACUGAUGCAGAAAUCACCGUGCAUUUCCGCUAUGGCGCCCCUCCUGUCAUCAAUCCACUGGGUGCCAGCUUCCCUGAUGACACGGCGGUGCAGCCCUCCUUUCAUGUCAGGGCACUGCUAAGUACCAUGCUGCUGGGCAACACCACUGUCAAUGUGUCUCACCCAGCCCCUGGAGACUGGUUUGUAGCCGCCCACCUGCCCCCCUCAUCUCAGAAGAUCGAAGUGAAGGGCUUUGUUUCCUCCUGUGCCUACGUCUUUCAGCCUGACAUGCUGGUUAUGCGGGUGGUGGAGUUCACCAUCCUGGAGCCUGAUGUGCCCCUUCCACAGAUCCUACUCACCCACCCCAGCUACCUCAAGAUCUUUGUCCCUGAGUACACCCAGGAGCUUCGGCUGGAGCUGCAGGGCUGUGUAUCCAGUGUGAGCCUGGGCUGCCCAGUACGUCUCACAGUGGGUGUGGCUACCCUGCCCAACAACUUCCAGAAGGUGCUGACCUGCACCGGCCCCAUCCUGUCCUGCCGUCUGCUGCUGCCCUCACCACCUUGGGGCCAGUGGCUACAAGUGAUGGCUGAGAGCCUGGCAGGGCCGCACGUGUCAGUGGCCUUCAGUGCUGAGGCUGCCCUCACAGCUGAGUCUUUUAUCCUUUUGACAGCCUGCAGGCCAUGGAGUGUGACCUUCCAGCGCCUUAUUCAAAACAGCACAAACCAGAGUUAUGAUACCAUUGCAAGCCAGCUGUCCCUGAGACCUGCCCACCAGGACCUGAGCAGGAGUGGUGGGAUGGGCAGUGGCCCCUUCUGCCUGCUGAGCUACCCAGUCACGAGAGAGGACAUGGAUGUGCUAUCUGUGCACUUCCAGCCCUUGGAUGGGGUCUUGGUGCUGGUGCGGUCAGACAAACCCUCUGUGAUGCGGCUCCGCCUUGACACAGGCAUGGACAGUGGGGGCUCCCUCACUAUCACCCUGACGGCCAACAAGACUGAGGUCACAAAUGACACCUUUGUAGUGGCCUGUGUGAAUGUCGCUUCACCUUUCCUCAACUUCAACGCUUCACUUAGCUGUACUACAGCCUUUUUCCAGGGCUACCCCCUGUCUCUGAAUGGUUCAUCUAAUACAGCCAACCUCAUCAUCCCCUACCCAGAAACAGACAACUGGUACCUCUCCCUGCAGCUUGUGUGCUCUGAGAGUACUGAGGACUGUGAUCAGGCCAAGAUUCGAGUACAGACCACCAUGUACCUGGUCCCUUGUUUGAAUGAGUGUGGACCCUAUGGCCAGUGCCUCCUGCUCCGCAGAUAUGGCUAUCUGUAUGCAGCCUGCAGCUGCAAAGCAGCUGCCCACCCCAGGCCCCUGGGUGUUCUGUGGCCCCCAGGAUGGCGUGGGUGGAGCUGCACCGACAACAGUACAGCCCAGACAGUGGCCCAGCAGAGGGUGGCUGCACUCCUGCUCACCCUCAGCAACCUCAUGUUCCUGGCUCCCAUUGCUGUGUCUGUGCGCCGUGCCUUCCUGGUGGAGGGCUCCGUCUACCUCUACACCAUGUUCUUCUCCACGUUCUACCAUGCCUGUGACCAACCGGGGGAAGCUGUGCUGUGCAUCCUCAGCUAUGACACGCUCCAGUACUGUGAUUUUCUGGGCUCUGGGGUGUCUACCUGGGUCACCAUCCUCUCCAUGGCCCGGCUGAAGACAGUUCUGAAACACGUCCUGUUUCUCCUGGGCACACUGGUCAUCGCCAUGUCCUUGCAGCUGGAUCGAAGGGGCAUCUGGAACAUGAUGGGGCCCUGCCUCUUUGCCUUCAUGAUCAUGGCUUCCAUGUGGGUGUACCGCUGUGGGCACCGGUGCCAGUGUUAUCCCACCUCGUGGCAGCGCUGGGCCUUCUAUCUCCUGCCUGGCAUCACCAUGGCUUCUAUGGGCAUCACCAUCUACACCUCCCUGAUGACCAGCGACAACUAUUACUACACACAUAGUAUCUGGCACAUACUCCUGGCUGGGAGUGCAGCCUUCCUGCUACCACCACGGAAUGAGCAGGCUGAGCCCUGGUCUUGCUCACAGAAGUUGCCCUGCCACUAUCAAAUCUGCAAGAAUCAUCGGGAUGAGCUAUAUACUGUGACAUGAUGUGGCCAGCUUGGGGACAUCUGCUACUGAUAAUCUCUUCAGCCAGAAGUAGGACCAAGGAAGCGGAGCCCUGUCCAGCCCUGUCCAGCCCUGUCUAGAUUGGUUCCCAACUGAAUAAAAUUGCCCUGAGACCUUU